AUGGCGGCUUCUUCCCCGUCCACGGAGGCAGAGACCAAGCCCUUCUCUGUUCUAUUUGUGUGCCUGGGCAACAUCUGCAGAAGCCCAGCUGCUGAAGGGGUCUUCAGGGACUUGGUGCAGAAAAGGGGUUUGGAUUCCAAGUUCAAGAUUGACUCUGCUGGAACCAUUGAUUACCAUGAGGGAAAUCAAGCAGACCCAAGAAUGAGGGCAGCCUCUAAAAGGCGUGGCAUUGAGAUAACUUCUUUAUCUAGGCCAAUCCGGCUGCCUGAUUUUAGAGAUUUCGAUCUUAUCCUUGCAAUGGACAAUCAGAACCGAGAUGAUAUAAUAGAGGCGUUUAAUAGGUGGAAAUUUAGAGAACCUCUACCCGAGGAUGCUCAUAAAAAGGUUAGGUUAAUGUGUUCUUAUUGUAAGAAACACGAUGAAACUGAAGUACCGGACCCUUAUUAUGGUGGACCACAAGGUUUUGAGAAGGUUUUGGAUUUACUUGAAGAUGCAUGUGAAUCAUUGUUGGACAGCAUCUUGGCUGAGAACAAACACAUUUUGGAUUCCUGA